AUGAAAAUCGAACCACAUACACUUAGCUCUCUAUUUAAAGAUCCUUCAUUUGGUAAGAGUUCACAGAUUCAGAUUCCAAUCUAUCAAAGAAAAUAUUGCUGGAAUAGUAAGAUUGUCAAGCAAUUGUACAAUGAUUUGGUUUUCAAUGGAACUUCAUUCGGUCAUCAUAUUGGAAAGUUGUUUUUUCAAAAGAAGUUGGCAAGUAGAGUUUGUAUUGAUGGUCAACAGAGAUUGACUACCUUGUUGAUUGGGAUUUGUGCUUUGAGAGAUGCUGCUUUGGAAUUGGUAGAUAGUGAAAAGAUUUUAGACGAAAUUCAUUCGUAUAUCUUUGUCAAGUCAGUUGAUUUGAAGAAAUUGCAAGAGGAAUACUUGUCAAGUGAAGAUAAAUAUGCAAAGGCAAGUGAAAUUGCAAAGAAUGUUUCUCGAUUAAUCCCAAGUCAUGACGACAGAGUUUCGAAUAUCGAAAUUCUUAUUGGAUUCAAAGGUGAUCAAACUAAUCUUCUUCAAAACUCUAAUAUGCACAAUACCAGACAAAUAUUUUACAAAAUCUUCAAAUCACAACUUGUAAAACAACAAGUUAAUAGUUUGGCCAUUGUAAAAUCAAGCCUUAUUCCAAUUCUUACCAUAAAUGGUAAAUUUGUGAUUAUUGAAUAUGAAGAAUCUGAAAUUAAUGCACAAGAAUGUUUUGGAGAACGGUACGAUGUUGGAAAAUCCAAUCAAAUUCUCUUUUACAUCAAAACUCCUGGAAUUGACUUAUCCUAUUCAGACCUAAUCAAGAAUCACUUACUUUCCAAACUGGACGAAACUAAGCAAAUUGCAAAUUUAUGA